UGAAUUUUGAAUAUUGAGUAACUGAGGGUUAUUCAGUUUGUUAGUGGCGUGGUCGAAAUGGAAGCAGGUUUACUUAUGAGCGCACAGACACUUACAUUUCCUGACUAUCCGGAUAUUGAGAAGGCUUAUGUAUCUCAUCUGUCGUCAUCUACUCAGUCGAAAGCUCCGGAAACACUGAAAACGGGGUCUUUGGCACAAGAAAUCCAGAAAGCUAGAGAGCAUAUCAAAACAUCCUUGGAUCGCGUUGCUGUAUCCCGACCUUUCGACGUUGGACGUCUUGAUGAACUUGAAAAACUUGUUACGAGUCUUGUUAGUCGCAUAUCAGAUCUGGAAUCACGCAUAAGCACUAUGAAGUUGAGUAACGAUCCUCAUGAUGUAGUUGGAGAAAAAUCAGAUUCAGAGCCUGAUCUUUUUGGUUCAGACAGCGAGGAGGAUAAAGAAGCUGAGCGUAUCAGGAGUGAGAGAGAAGCCGAAUACCUUGCAAAAAAAGCUCUAAAGCCUGUUGUGGCAGCAAAGUCAAGUAUCACCCUCGAUGUGAAACCAUGGGAUGAUGAAGUAGAUAUGGAAGAACUUACCUCUUUGGUGAAAGGUAUUAAAGUAGAUGGCCUUUUAUGGGGUGCUUCCAAAUUGGUGCCCAUCGCUUUUGGCAUAAAGAAGCUCCAAAUCUGUUGUGUCGUUGAAGAUGACAAGGUUGGAACUGACUUCCUUGAAGAAUCUAUAAAGGAAUUUUCGAAACAUGUUCAAUCUGUAGAUAUUGUAUCAUUUAACAAGUUGUAAUGAAAAACAGGAAUUGUAAUAUAUAAUGGACCGAAUCAGUAAACGUCCGUCUUUCAAUCUCCUUGUUCUAAAAUUGGGAUAAUUUACUACUAAUCUUAUUCGUAAUGUGUUGCACAGCGCCUUGCCUCCACAACGCAUACUGAAAAACUGUUGUAUACAGUCGAGAAACGAUUAACGCGAAAGAAACUAAGCGUCUCUCCUCGCAGCAAACCCAGUAUGUAUAAUAGCGCAAUUAGACAGGUUAAGUUUUUUAAACGAAGCGACCAGUCUAGCUUUUUGGACGGAUGUUUAUUUCGUCAGCGCGUGAGUGAGUGGACCUGAACUGAGUUCUUUUUUUGCAAAUGUUUAGCUUAAUAUACAAUACAAUACCAAAAAUACUUAUCAG